AUGCAGAACAUGUUCUGGAAUGGGUCUUACUGGCCUAGCACGAUCCAAUGGAUAGGAGCACUGAUUGACAACAUUAUGAUUUCCACGCAGGAGACGUUGGGCGGCCUCGAGUCUUCAGAUUCUAGCUAUGUCGCCCGGUCGUCAGAAACUCAGGCCGACAUUCAGAAGUACUACGCCCAGACUCGGGCAUACUUUGAUUCCGAAGAUACGAUUCAGAUAUUUGAUGCCGCAUAUGACGAUGCUCAGUGGGUGGUCUUGGAGUGGUUGGAAGCAAUCAAGUUCAUCACCCAGUACGGCUCGACCUCUGGGUCCGACCUUGGGCAAGCCGACAUUGAUAUGUAUGCACACCGCGCCCACAUCUUCUACAACAUUGUACAGGACAAAUUCAACACGACCCUGUGUGAGGGUGGAAUCAACUGGAAUCCGCACUUGGAGCCCUACAAAAAUGCCAUCACCAACGAGCUCUUUCUUUCUAGCUCAAUUGCAAUGUAUCUCUACUUCCCUGGCGACACUAACACGGAUCCUUACCCGCACCCAGACUACCGAACCCAGACAAACAGGACUUUGCCCAGUCUGACUGCAGUCAGCGCCCACGACUCCGUGUUUCUUGACAACGCAGUGAAAGAAUACGACUGGUUCAAAUCACACAACUUCACGAAUGCCCAAGGCCUGGUAGUCGAUGGAUUUCACAUCUCCUCUGGCCAAACAACCUGCGAUCAGAGAAACGAAAUGGUAUAUACCUACAAUCAAGGAGUUCUUCUCUCCGGCCUGCGAGGUCUAUGGGAAUCAACCGGUACUGUAUCAUACCUCGAUGACGGUCACAAUUUCAUCACGACAGUCAUAAACGCCACGGGCUGGAACGCCGCUUCUGAAAGCGAAGCAGCAGAGUGGGCUGGUCUCGGUCGUAACGGGAUUCUCGAAGACUACUGCGAUGCGCCGGCGAAUUGCUCGCAAGACAACUACAUCUUCAAAGGAGCGUACUUUGAGCAUUUUGAUGCCUUUUGCAAGCUACUGCCGACUGAAACGCCGCUUGUCGACGGUGUGACUAAAGUCGCGCCUGUAAGUCUGGCAGAGCUACAUAGCAACAAGUGUAAAGGGUAUGAAAGUUGGGUGCGACAUAACGCGCACGCGGCGUUGAGUACGCGCAAUGAAACGAACAUCAUGGGCGAGUGGUGGGGUGCAUCAUACCUGAACAAGACUCAAUCUCGACAAUCAGAUCUCGCGAUCCCGCCGCCUGCGGGUAGUGUUGACAUUAUGAAUGAGCCUUGGCUACUCAACUCUCCUAUUUGGGAGUGCAGUGGACGAGGCGAGUGUAGCAUUUUAGGUCUGCGCCUUGGCUCUUAUCGGAAAAGAGAUCAUAAGAGACAGGCCUCUGAAGGACAGGUCAGGACUGUGGAGACACAGGCACAAGGGCUGAGUGUUGUUAGGGCGGCCGCAGACUUGGCGAUGAGAUACCCUUGA